AUGUCCUUGAAUAAGUCCAAUAUAAGAGAAUACAAGCUAGUCGUUGUUGGUGGCGGUGGUGUAGGUAAAUCCGCAUUGACUAUUCAAUUGAUUCAUUCACAUUUCGUAGACGAAUAUGAUCCCACCAUUGAGGAUUCGUAUAGGAAACAAGUCGUGAUAGAUAAUAAAGUCACAAUUUUAGAUAUUCUAGAUACUGCUGGUCAAGAAGAAUACUCCGCUAUGAGAGAACAGUACAUGAGAACAGGUGAGGGUUUCUUACUCGUAUAUUCUGUCACUUCGAGAACUUCUUUCGAAGAAUUGAUGACUUACUAUCAACAAAUUCAAAGAGUUAAAGACUCUGAUUACAUCCCUGUGGUCAUUGUAGGUAAUAAAUCCGAUCUAGAAGAUGAAAGACAGGUCUCAUACGAAGAUGGUCAACAUAUUGCAACACAAAUGAACGCACCUUUCUUGGAAACUUCUGCCAAGCAGGCAAUUAACGUCGAAGAAGCUUUCUAUAGUCUUGUGCGUCUUGUUAGGGAUGAUGGUGGCAAAUACAACAAGAAAAAUGUGGAAACUGAAAAUGAUAUCAAUUAUGAACAGUUUUCCACUGUGAAAGAUACUAAUCAACAAUUAAAUGCUCCUGAUAGUACAGGUCGCACUCAUAUAGGCCCUGGUGGCUCACAUGUAUUAAAAAAUGUCCAAAACCCACAAGAUAAUUUUACAAAUAUUCAACAAACUUCUGAUAAUAUAACCAAUGACGAUAUGAAUAACUUACCACAAGACGCCAAUGCCACAUUACAAGCUCCUCAAGUACAGCCCUUACCACAACAGGCAGAUGCGUCCAAUGCACAAACUGACGCCGGCGGAAGAGUCUCAAAUGUAAGUAAACAAGCAAGAGUCAAUCAAUCAACUAAACCGACUGCUUCAGAUAAUGCAGCCAAGAAAUCUUCGGGUGGUGGCUGUUGUGUGAUCGUAUAG